AAAAAUAACUGAUGAAUCAGUCUGGGCUCGAUUAAAAUGUCUUGGCUGUGACACGUUAGCCUGAUGAUGUCAUAGAAUAAAAAAAAAAGUCAGAUCGUCACAGCCGCAUCAUGACAAAACAACCUGAUCGAGAUCAAUAACACUGAGACUUAAGUAAACAGUGCAGAUGUUGAUGUUGACGUAUUCAACUCUUCCUGAGUGUCGCACAGUGUGAUGCGCAUGCGUGAGGGGCUGCCAUGAAGGUAAAGGUGAUCUCCAUCCUGGAGGACAACUACAUGUACCUGGUGAUCGAGGAGCAGAGUAAACAGGCUGUGGCUGUGGACCCCGCUGUACCACACCGGCUGCUAGAAAUCGUGAAGAGAGAGGGCUUGUCUCUGACGGCUGUUCUCACCACACAUCAUCACUGGGACCACGCUCGGGGGAACGAGGCUCUGCUGAAGGAGCUCCCUGGGCUGAAGGUGUACGGGGGAGAUGAUCGGAUCGGGGGUCUGACUGAUAAAGUCACACACGACCAGGAACUCAAGUUUAACGCCAUCAACGUGAGGUGCCUGUUCACUCCCUGCCAUACCUCUGGACACAUGUGCUACUUUGUGUGGGAGGACGAGUGCACUGACGCCCCGGCUGUGUUCACAGGGGAUACGCUGUUUAUUGGCGGAUGCGGGCGGUUUCUGGAGGGUACGGCUGAACAGAUGCACCACAACCUCACCCAGGUCCUCGGCACCCUACCUCAAGACACGAAGGUGUUCUGUGGACACGAGUACACCAUAAAGAACCUGAAGUUUGCCAUGCUGGUGGAGCCAGAAAAUGAGAAGGUUAAAGAGAUGCUGAGCUGGGCCCGGGCAAGAGACGAUGAUGACAAACCCACAGUGCCAUCCACCCUGAUGGAGGAGUUUGAAUACAACCCUUUUCUUCGCCUCUCAGAGGAAGGAGUACAGAAGUUCACAGGGGAGUCAGACCCCAUCGAGGUGCUCAGGGUCCUGCGGAAGGAGAAAGAUAAAUUCAAGAAGCCCAAGGAGAGGCCUCCUCCUCACGCCAUGCUGGCUUUGGAGUGGGGGCUGCUCAGACCCUGAGAUCCAGUUUCAUGACUCUGCACAUGUGACAAACUCAUUAUCUAGAGUUGGAUGACCGGAUGCAGCAAGACACAGGACUGUAAAGUGGGGUGCUGCUUUCAUGGAAUAUACCUACAUUUAGAUUAAUUUAAAGGCUGGUCUCUCAGUCUGUUAUGCAAACAUCUAAAAGCUCAUGUGAAGAUUUGAACGUGUUUCGGGCAUUUUUUGCUUUAAAUACAGUACCUGGUCUGGGGAGAAGAAUUAGCUGAAUUUAUUUACGUGUUGUUCAUAUCACAAUGUUACAUUUCUUUUUUUUGUCUUUAUAGAUUUUAAUCUUCUGUCUGGUAACUUUAGGACGACCAGUACAUUGUACUUCAGUUGUUAAGUCAAGUUAUCUCUCUUAUGUUAGUUUGUGUAUUUUAGCACAAUUUCUCCCUUGCUUAUUUUUGUUGUUGUACACUACAUAAUUGCUGUACCAUACUGCACAUUUAAGGAACUGUGACCCUAAUUUAGACUGCACUUUACAUGCAAUGUUUGAGAGGAGAUGGUACGCCUGAAGUGUAAAACAAACAUGCAGUGUUCAUCACUAUGAAUGUAAACUUUUUCCUCACAUUGCGAGCGCUUAUAUCUGCUAACCAGGAUCAAGAUUAUUCAAUAAAACAUAUCAGUAAAUGGUUAA